GAAAGAAAGAAAGAAAGAAAGAAAGAAAGAAAAGCACGUUUUAUGUACUUCGCUGCGUGCUACGCUUGGCAUACUGCUACAUUUCCUCGUGCUGUCACAGGAGAAACCACGCAUAAGCGUGAACAGCAGCACGGAAAGACCCUUUCGCCGCACCCCGAAGGCAGGCAUGAAUGUACCUUCCGACCAUGUAGUGUAGAAAUGUUUCCAAGUGGCCUACAGGUGGGGUCUCUAAUGCAGGGAUGGGGCUGCACAGCAUGGCCAAAGUGCUACUUUCGCAGUCUACGCGGGGGCCUGCAUAAGAGGCGCAUCGCACGAGUUAAGAAGAGCGCAUGGAACUGGAACGCCGGUCUUCCGAACCAACCACUGCACUGUAAACCAUGUCACGAAUAGGGAGGUUCAAUUUAGUGGUUUUGUCUGGCUCUGCGAAGCCCAGCGCAAGCAUUGGACAAACGUUGGGACCCCUAGGAAUAAAUAUGAUGACUUUUUUUAAAGAGUUUAACGAGAGAACGAAAAACAUUUCGAAGAAUGUGCCGAUUCAGGUGACUCUGGAACCUCUGAAUGACAGGACGUACAGAUUUUACCUCAGAACCCCAACGGUCGUCUGGUUUAUCCGACGAUGCGCCAGAGUGCCCAUGUUCAGUCCCACGGCGAAGCACCACACUGUCGGGUCGAUUACGCUAGCGGAGGUUUUCCACAUAGCCAAAUGCAAGCGGAUGGACCCUCCUUUGAUAAAUCUGACCCUCAAAAGUAUUUGCAAGUAUAUUAUCGGCACGUGCAACAGCAUGGGCAUAAAGGUGUGCAGAGAACUGGACGACGAGGGGAAGAAAAAGUACUUCGUAGAUGUUAACCAGCUGGACAAUAUAAAAAAGGAAAUAAGGACUCGGAACAAGCACCAGAAGAGGUCCAAAAAGUGA